CUCUCUCUCUCUCUUCGAAACUCUGCACUCUCAAAUCUAAUUUUUUAGUUUUUAAGGGCUAACCUUUUUCCUUUGCAGACUCUCUCGAAAUCCUAACCCUAGAAUUCCCUUUCCCCUUCCCGCCUCCCCCACAAUUUCUCCCUCUUUCGGUUAAUUUCUCAGAAAAAUGGGAGAAACAAGGGACAACGAUGCCUACGAGGAAGAGCUUCUCGACUACGAGGAAGAAGAAGAGAAAGCCCCCGACUCUGUCACUGCUAAAGUCAAUGGCGAGUCCGCCAAGAAGGGCUAUGUUGGAAUUCACAGUUCAGGGUUCAGAGACUUCCUUUUGAAGCCAGAGCUUCUUCGGGCCAUUGUCGACUCUGGAUUUGAGCACCCUUCCGAAGUGCAACAUGAAUGCAUUCCCCAAGCUAUAUUGGGCAUGGAUGUCAUCUGCCAAGCUAAAUCAGGGAUGGGGAAGACUGCAGUUUUUGUUCUAUCAUCAUUACAGCAAAUUGAACCAAGUCCAGGACAAGUUAUUGCACUUGUUUUAUGCCAUACGAGGGAGUUGGCUUACCAGAUUUGUCAUGAGUUCGAGAGGUUCAGUACUUACCUUCCUGAUAUCAAGGUUGCUGUCUUUUAUGGUGGUGUCAACAUCAAAGUUCACAAAGAUCUACUGAAAAAUGAAUGCCCCCACAUUGUUGUUGGUACACCUGGAAGGAUUUUGGCUUUGGCGAGAGACAAGGACCUUUCUUUGAAGAAUGUGAGGCAUUUCAUUCUGGACGAAUGUGACAAGAUGCUUGAAUCACUUGACAUGAGGAGAGAUGUGCAGGAGAUUUUCAAGAUGACCCCUCAUGAUAAGCAAGUUAUGAUGUUUUCUGCCACACUCAGCAAAGAAAUUCGCCCGGUUUGCAAAAAAUUUAUGCAAGAUCCAAUGGAAAUUUAUGUUGAUGAUGAGGCCAAGUUGACCCUUCAUGGGCUUGUGCAGCACUACAUCAAAUUGAGUGAGCUGGAGAAAAACCGCAAGUUGAAUGACCUCCUUGAUGCAUUGGACUUCAACCAAGUUGUUAUCUUUGUCAAAAGUGUGAACCGAGCAGCUGAGUUGAACAAGUUACUUGUGGAGUGUAAUUUUCCCUCUAUAUGUAUUCACUCUGGCAUGUCCCAGGAAGAAAGGUUGACUCGCUACAAGGGUUUCAAGGAGGGGCAUAAAAGAAUUCUUGUGGCCACUGAUUUAGUUGGUAGGGGAAUAGACAUUGAACGUGUUAAUAUCGUCAUCAACUAUGACAUGCCAGAUUCUGCUGAUACAUACCUGCACAGGGUUGGUAGAGCUGGUAGGUUUGGCACCAAGGGUCUUGCAAUUACAUUUGUAUCGUCUGCUUCAGAUUCUGAUGUGCUCAAUCAGGUCCAGGAGAGGUUUGAGGUAGAUAUAAAGGAGCUUCCUGAGCAGAUUGAUACAUCUACAUACAUGCCGUCAUAAUGGAGGUUCAGUCAGCAAUAGCAGAGGUCUGGAGCCCAAAUGAUGAAGCAAUUUGUGUGGUUGGUGGAGGCCAUGUGUAUUUGUUUUUAGACUAAUGUGGGAAUAUGCUUAAAUCAGUUUGGAGGGGGAGCAGAUGCACGACCAUGUGGUUUUGGACUGCUUCUUAUGAGUAUUUUAGGCUUUUAAUGAACUCCCAAGUGGGAUUUAGCUAAUAUCAUUAUCAAUAGGGAAAUUUUCCCAUUUAGGACAUUUUUUUUUGUUGACUAUUUGAUAGAGUUGCAUGUUAUAUUAUCUGUUGUUAAUUCGGAGCAUAACCUCUUAAAUCCCGUUUUUUGGUAUAUUUGAGUUGCGAUUUAGGGUUGAAUUAGUUUUGUGGAUGUUAAUCUUGCUUAUUCGUUA